AUGACCUAUGUAAAUGUCGUAUAUUUGGAUUGUCUCACUCUUCUCAAGUACCUAAUAAUUUGCAAAGGGAAGACAGUAAAAGUGGAGACAUUUUCUGGAGCUUCCAAGCAUGAAUUGUUGAACAUUCAGAAUCACAAGUUGGAGGCAAAGACAUUGAGGUCUGCCAACUUGGGAAGUAGUAGUACUCCAAGGAGCAAAAAAGACCAUUUUGAAGAUACCAAGUUAAAGCCAACCAGAGCCAGCUUGGAUGAUGAUGAGCCCCCUCCAAAAGGUGAAACACAAAGGCUUCUUGAUGAGGCAGAACAAGAGGUUCUCAAUUUGAUGAACAAGGAUUACAGUUCACCCAAAUGGUUUCCCGGCAAGCCGCCAAUUACCAGCGAUGGUAUACCUAAACAUUAGUCAAUCAAUGUAAUAACAUGCUUGGAACCCUAGAUAGGUUUUGGCUCACACUUUUGCCAUUUUGGCCCCAAAAUAGGAACUAGUGAAGCCCCCUUAACCUAUAUAGGAAAUAACUUGAAACUUGUCUUGUUUUUGUACUCUGGUUUGC